AUGCCUACAGGUGAGAGGGGAGGCUUACAGGUGAGAGGGGAGGCUACUGGUGCAGUGAGAGGGGAGGCUACUGGUGCAGUGAGAGGGGAGGCUACUGGUGCAGUGAGAGGGGAGGCUACUGGUGCAGUGAGAGGGGAGGCUACUGGUGCAGUGAGAGGGGAGGCUACUGGUGCAGUGAGAGGGGAGGCUACUGGUGCAGUGAGAGGGGAGGCUACUGGUGCAGUGAGAGGGGAGGCUACUGGUGCAGUGAGAGGGGAGGCUACUGGUGCAGUGAGAGGGGAGGCUACUGGUGCAGUGAGAGGGGAGGCUACUGGUGCAGUGAGAGGGGAGGCUACUGGUGCAGUGAGAGGGGAGGCUACUGGUGCAGUGAGAGGGGAGGCUACUGGUGCAGUGAGAGGGGAGGCUACUGGUGCAGUGAGAGGGGAGGCUACUGGUGCAGUGAGAGGGGAGGCUACUGGUGCAGUGAGAGGGGAGGCUACUGGUGCAGUGAGAGGGGAGGCUACUGGUGCAGUGAGAGGGGAGGCUACUGGUGCAGUGAGAGGGGAGGCUACUGGUGCAGUGAGAGGGGAGGCUACUGGUGCAGUGAGAGGGGAGGCUACUGGUGCAGUGAGAGGGGAGGCUACUGGUGCAGUGAGAGGGGAGGCUACUGGUGCAGUGAGAGGGGAGGCUACUGGUGCAGUGAGAGGGGAGGCUACUGGUGCAGUGAGAGGGGAGGCUACUGGUGCAGUGAGAGGGGAGGCUACUGGUGCAGUGAGAGGGGACACUAUCGGGGCUGGCACAGGCUACGUUACGGUAGCCCUGGGCGCAUUGGCAGCCCACCUCCCUAUAGGCGAGAGGGAGAGCUAUUGGGGAGGCUUACAGGCGAGAGGGGAGGCUACUGUGGCAGUGAGCAGGACGCUAGUGGGGCUUGCACUGGCCGUAGACGUUAUGGUAGCCCUGGGCGCACAGGCAUGCCACCUCCCUACAGGCGAGAGGGGAGGCUACUGGGGAGGCUUACAGGCGAGAGGGGAGGCUACUGGGGAGGCUUACAGGCGAGAGGGGAGACUACUGGGGAGGCUUACAGUGUGCCGGGCACUUGACACGGCUGCAGAUGUCGUCUGGAUGACAUCGAAGAGCAGCAUAAGGGGAGAGGCAUGGGCGGAGUAA